UUAUCCUAAAACUAUUCCUUCGUUGCAUCAAUCAUGUCUAUUGCCAUCUCGAGCCGUCGUCCACGAGAGACUUUCGUUCUCGUCGCGACGCUCGUAUUUAAUUUUUUAUUUCUAUCUCUCUCAUCCGAUCCAGAUCCUUUACAGGACUUCUGCAUCGGAGAUACGUCCGUGGCCUUCUCAGUGAAUGGUUUCCCGUGCAAGGCGUCCUCGGACGUGACGGCCGACGACUUCUUCUACGACGGCCUCAGUCGGGAAAUCAGCACGAAUAAUUCCUUCGGGAGCGGUGUAAUUAUGGGGAACGUGCUUGCUUUCCCAGGUCUCAACACGUUAGGCAUAUCGAUGAACCGGGUAGAGAUUGCGCCCGGCGGGAUCAACCCGCCGCACCUCCACCCGCGCGCCACCGAGUCGGGGAUUGUCGUGAACGGGACCGUCCUUGUCGGGUUGAUCACGACGGGGAACGUGUUUUAUUCGAAGAAUUUGACGGCGGGGGAAAUGUUCGUCGUCCCGAGGGGGCUCGUGCACUUUCAAUUCAAUAUCGGGACGGAGAAAGCGCUGAUUUUUACAGCGUUUAAUAGCCACUUGCCGGGGAAUGUCCUCGUCGCCGUGAACCUCUUCGGAUCGAAUCCGGCGGUGCCGGACGACGUCCUUUCGAAGGCCUUUCUGGUUGAUCGGAGUGUGGUUGAUGAAAUUAAGUCUAAGUUUGGGGGGUGAAUUGAAAUUAUAAUAAGCUGUUAGGAUUUGUUGUUUGUACGAAUGUAUUUUGAUUUCUUGUGUUGUUUGCUGAAAUACAACGAUCAAGAAUGUUACACGAACAUGGUCAAUAAUGUC